AGUCCUUGUCUAUUAUAUAUCCUUUAAUAUCUGUUGACUACAAUAGUAAGCAGUGUCUUAUAUAAACAAGAGAUCUCGAAAUGGUGAGACCUUCGACCUUAUGAUCAACUUCCAUAAUGGAAGGUCGUUCGAUUGUCGGCUAUAGUAUGACAUAUCUAGUACUGAGCUAUGUUGCAUCAUCCGACAAACAAUCAACAUUUGUGUUUCCAAGAUCCAUAUCCCAACAAAAUGUUCUGUUCUGCAUGUAUUAGCUCAAUUGCCACCUAUCAGCUAAUAGUUUUCUUUUUCUUUUCAGGGUCCAGCUCAGGUGGGUGGGGUACACCCUAUUCGUGCAGCCUGGGGAUCCGAGGCGGUCUGCCUGACCUUUAUCUGUAUACACUUGAAGUCAUUCCUAGGUUAACAUGCAACGCAUCUAUUUUAUGUCUCCCAUGCAUAAAUUAUGUACGAUCACAAAGGGGCUUACCACAUAAGAGAAUUUCGGGAUUCAUAUUGCAACCUGGAAUCCAUUUUGAAUUAUCUUGCAUUGCAGAGUGGUAGUCCGAAGGACACUUUUUUUUUUUUUCCUUCUUCUCCC